AUCCGUUCAGGUGAUCAGUGUUUACUUACAUGAAUCCUGUUCAGCACAUUUUAUUGUAUUUCUCUCCAAAGUACUGACACAUUCAUUUCAUUGUUCUCAUCAGCUAACAAAUUAUGUGACUAAUCCAGAUCCAGAUAAACCUGUUGAGGAAGUCUAUAUACUGUAUGUUAGUGAAAUUGAAAGUGUUUUGUGCUCGUCCAUGAAGGAGAAAACACGUCACAUUAACAUUGAGAGGAAAAUUUCAUUUGAAAGAUGAGUGGUGAUGAAGGUCAGGUGGAAGGAGAUUUUUCCUUGAACACUCAACAGAUCAGCCGAGGCAAGCAUCAGACAUCAGAUUCACCAGAGCCCAGCUGUGUGUCCUUGAAGAGUGACUGGUCUAUGGCUCAAAUAGUACAAUUUAAAGAUGCUCACGGAACCUCAGUCCAGCAUCAGACAUCAGAGUUAAUAAAGCCCAGCUCUGUCAGAGAUCAGACUGUGAAUCAGAUAAAUGAUGCUCACAGACAACCCACAACAACGGGUGCAUGUAAAGAUGUGAAGACCCAACAGGGGCCAAACAUGAAUGAAGACUUCAAAUCAAAUCUGAGAAAAAAGUAUCAGUGUUUGUGUGAGGGAAUAUCAAAGCAUGAAAACCCAGCACCACUGAAUGAGAUCUACACAGAGCUCUACAUCACAGAGAGUGAAAGUGGAGAGAUCAGUAAUGAACAUGAGGUGAGACAGAUUGAGACACAAUCCAGAAGAGCAACAACAGAGGAGACACCAAUCAAAUGUAAUGACAUCUUUAAACCUUUACCUGAACAAGACAAACACAUCAGAAGUGUGCUGACAAAGGGAGUCGCUGGCAUUGGAAAAACAGUCUCUGUACAGAAGUUCAUUCUGGACUGGGCUGAAGAGAAAGAGAAUCAGGACGUCCACCUCAUAUUUCCACUUCCUUUCAGAGAGAUCAAUUUGAUGAAGGACAAAACACUCAGUCUUUUAGAUCUUCUUCAUCUUUUCUUCCCAGAGACAAAAGAAAUGGAAAUCUUCAGUGAUAAAUAUAAAUUGUUGUUCAUCUUUGAUGGUUUGGAUGAGUGUCGUCUGUCUCUGGAUUUUCACAGCAGUGUGAGGUUGUGUGAUGUAAGUGAAUCAACUUCAGUGGACGUGAUGCUGACAAACCUCAUCAAGGGGAAUCUGUUUCCCUCUUCUCUCAUCUGGAUCACCUCCAGACCAGCAGCAGCUGAUCUCAUCCCCUCUGAGUGUGUUGAUCGAGUCACAGAGAUACGAGGCUUCAGUGAUCCACAGAAGGAGGAAUACUUCAGGAAGAGAAUCAGUGAUGAGAGUCUGUCUGAUCAAAUCAUCUCACACCUGAAGUCAUCCAGGAGUCUCUACAUCAUGUGUCACAUCCCAGUCUUCUGCUGGAUUUCAGUCACUGUUCUAGAGAGAAUAUUGAGGGAAGCAAAGAGUCAAGAGAUCCCCAAGACUCUCACUCAAAUGUACACACACUUCCUGAUCAUUCAGACAAACAUCAAACAUCAGAAGGACUAUGAGAAGAAAGUGAAGGAUGAAGAGAUGAUCUUUAAACUGGGUAAUCUGGCUUUUGAGCAUCUUGUGAAAGGCAAUCUGAUCUUCUAUGAUGAAGACCUGAGAGAGUGUGGCAUUGAUGUAGCAGAAGCAUCAGUGUACUCAGGAUUGUGUACUCAGAUCUUCAGAGAGGAGUUUGGUUUGUAUCAGGGGAAAGUUUACAGCUUUGUUCAUCUGAGCAUCCAGGAACAUCUAGCAGCUCUUUAUGUGCAUCUCAACUUUAUAAACAAUCACACACAGCUGUUCGCUGACAACUUUUUGCAGUUUAAUUUAUCUAAUGUGCACCAGAAUGCUGUGGAUGAGGCUCUACAGAGUAAAAAUGGACAUCUGGAUCUUUUUCUUCGUUUUCUUCUGGGUUUGUCAGUGGAGUCAAAUCAAAAUCUCAUUCGAGGUUUGAUGACAAAGACAGAUCACAGCUCUUACAGCAAUGAGAAAACAAUCAAAUACAUCAAACAGAAGAUCAGUGAAGAUCUUUCAACAGAGAAAUCCAUCAAUCUGUUUCACUGUCUUAAUGAACUGGGUGAUCAUUCACUAGUGGAGGAAAUCCAACAUAAUCUAAAAUCUAGAAAAAUAAGUGCAGUCAAUCUCUCUUCAUCUCAGUGGUCAGCUGUAGUUUUUUUGUUGUUGACAUCAGAACAGAAGUUGAACGAGUUAAAACUGAAGGAUUUUGUGAAUACUGAAAACAAAGCUAAAACACUGAAAGUUCUGCAGAAGCUGUCGCCUGUGAUUUGUGAAUACAGAUCAGUUCAGUUGAGUUCUUGUAAUAUCACAGAUGAAGGUUUUGCUGCUAUGACUUCUGCCCUGAGAUCAAACCCAUCACACCUGAGAGAACUGGAGCUGUCUCAGAAUAAUGUAGGAGAUUCAGGAGUGAAGCUGAUCGCUGAUGUACUUAAGGAUUCACACUGUAAACUGAAGAAACUGUGGUUGUGUAAGUGUUAUAUCACAGAAGAAGGUUUUGUUGCUCUGACUUCAGCCCUGAGAUCAAACCCAUCACACCUGAGAGAUCUGGAUCUGUCUGAGAAUAAUGUUGGAGAAUUAGGAGUGAAGCUGAUCUCUGAUGUACUGAAGAAUCCUCAAUGUAAACUGGAGAAACUGAAGUUGUGUAAGUCUGAUAUCAGAGAUGAAGGUUGUGUUGCUCUGACUUCAGCUCUGAGAUCAAACCCAUCACACCUGAGAGAUCUGAAUCUGUCUGGGAAUAGACUUGGAGAUUCAGGAGUGAAGCUGAUCUCUGAUGUACUGGAGAAUCAUCAAUGUAAACUGGAGAUACUGCAGUUGAGUUCUUGUAAAAUCACAGAUGAAAGUUGUGUUGCUCUGACUUCAGCUCUGACAUCAAACCCAUCACACCUGAGAGAACUGAAUCUUUCUUAUAAUAAUCUUGGAGAUUCAGGAGUGAAGCUGGUCUCUGAUGUACUAAAGAAUCCCGACUGUAAACUGAAGAAACUAAAGUUGAGUGAUUGUAAUAUCACAGAUGAAGGUUGUGUUGCUCUGACUAGAGCUCUGACAUCAAACCCAUCACACCUGAGAGAUCUGGAUCUGUAUAGUAAUCGUGUUUUAGGAGAUUUAGGAGUGGAGUUGAUCUCUAAUGUACUGAAGAAUCUUGACUGUAAACUGAAGAAACUGAAGUUGAGUUCUUGUUAUAUCACAGAUAAAGGUUGUGGUGCUCUGACUUCAGCUCUGACAUCAAACCCAUCACAUCUGAGAGAACUGGAGCUGUCUGAUAAUAAUCUUGGAGAUUCAGGAGUGAAGCUGAUUUCUGAUGUACUGAAGAAGCCUCAAUGUAAACUGGAAAUACUGGGGUUGAGGGAGUGUGAUAUCACAGAAGAAGGUUGUGUUGCUCUGACUUCAGCUCUGAGAUCAAACCCAUCACACCUGAGAAAGCUGAAUUUGACUUGGAAUAAUCUUGGAGAUUCAGGAUUGAAGCUGCUCUCUGAGCUAAAAGAUGAUCCAGAUUAUAAACUAGAGAAAGUAUUGACUUAACAAUGACAGUAAGGAUGUAAAGAUGGCUGUCUGAUCUUCAGUAUUAUCUGAUGGUGAAUAAGAAGACACGAUCGUGACAUCACAGACACAAAAUCAACACAGACUGUAAUCACAGUAACACUCAGUCAAACAUUCAGUUUAAUAAUCAUAUGAUUAUCUGAACAUGAAAAAUCUUCUGUAUUGUGCUUUUUGUACUAUACUUAUUAUACUAUUGCAACUCUCUAGCAAUUUGGGGGUUAUGUAUAUAUGUUUAUAUAUAUAUGUUUAUAAAUACAUUUUAUUUAUUCAUAAUUUAAAUGGGAUGUGUUGAGUGUACACUAAUUAGGCAAUAAAGCGGUGGUUUCCCAGAUAGGGAUUAUCUUAAACCAAGACUAGGCCUCAAUUUUAUUAGUAAAUAUAACUAGUUUUAACAAACAUGCCUUACUACAAACAUUACUGGUGUGCAUUCUGGGGCAAAACAAAGGGCACUGACAGGGCCGUUCACAGACCUUUUGAGGGGCAUGUGCUGAAACUGAAAAAGGGCACCCCCUCCAAAUAAAUAUCACAUAAUAAUCGUCUUAAAAGCUUUAUAUUUAUUCACUAUUAAUGAUUGAAAAAUUCACUAUUAAUGAAUAAAAAAAUUACAUUUUAUGAUAGCUUGGCAUUAUACAGUGCAAAGGAUAUCUGGCCUUCUAGUUGUCUUUAACAAUUUACCUCCUGUGUGGCUGUCUGUAUUAGGCCUAUUUGUAAUCAUGUGUUUGUGAACUCUUGUGUACUCGCUCUUAUUUAAUUGUAUAUUAAUUUUCAUUUUUCCUCUGCUUUGCAUACAUAAAGUUAAAUAAAAAUAUGUUUGAAGAAAAAUAAAGCUAUUCUGUUUGGUUUUAUGAGCUAUUUUUUAUUAUUUGGAUAACAUGUUUAUGUAUGCCAUUGAGAAGAGGGGGAAAUAGGAAAUUAAAGAUCAAAAUUGGAGAUUAUAUAAUACUAUAGCCAUACCAUUAGCAUAUCCAACAUGUAUCUGCAUACCUGGCAAAAACUGUGCGGAGGACCAGGGACCAUGUUCUUUUGAAGGUGCACUAAGCACAGCGGUUGUUCUCUCUCAUCAUGCACUACACUUUCUAUAAAAUAAAUGAAAAUGUAUACAAAUUUAGUCUAGUCAUUCAGGGCUAACUUUUUUGUUAUAAGGAGCACUGUAGUCCUGACAGAGAAUGUUAGGAGCGCAAGCAGAAAAUUUUGAGCACGUCUUAAAUCAGCCUGCAAUUAUUCACAUUUUCCCCAAAAUAACUGCAUUACUGAAAAAUACUAAAUAGACUUAACUCUAUGCAGUUGAUUUCAGAAUAAAAAGUUAUGAACCAAAUAAUCAUACAACCUCCUUGACUAAUUCAAGGCAUAAGAUACAUACAUAUACAAUAAGUUAUAUCCAGAUAGCAUAUUGUAAUGAGAUGCGUGACAGGGCAAUAUGCAUACUUGUAUCCUUUACACGUUUCUCGUCUUCUAUUCAGUUUUCCUUAUGGGCAUCUGAUAUAAGACCUUUCUAAUUUGUAAUGUUUUUGGUGUUAAUAUAGGCUAGAAGUUUUCUCUAUCUCUCAUCUCUGCAAUGUCUAAAUUUAAACCCGCGGGUCUGAGACUGAAUGAGAUGUGUUGACUACCCGGGCUGCGUAGUUAAACGUCUUAAACGAUUGAGACGAGUCAUGCAAAAAAGCCGUAAAAACCCGACCCUGCAUUCAGUAUUGUUGUCACGGGUGCCCUUCACAUGCGUGAACACUUGUUAAAAAAACUGCUUGCGCUGUGUCAAAAACUCCAUUUGGUCACAGUUUGGAGCCCUUGGUGCCCCCUGAUUGCCCAUUCGCCCAAUCCCGUCUAUGGAUAAUUCGGCUGUGCUCAAAUUUAUAAAACAUGCGCCGUUAUAGACAUACUAGUGUUACUUUGGUAAUGAGACAGCAUUGUACUCAAACAACAAGAUAUUUAUUUACCGUUGCAAGACGUAGCUGCUCUGACUGCUGUAGAACUUCAGCUCGCUGCACUCAGGGGGCGGAGUUAAGAGGUUUGACUGACAGUUUGAGCAGAUCCAAAAAUAUUUUGUUUUUUUAAUACCUUUUAUUUGAUAAAUAUAUUUGACAGACAGACAGACGUAAAUGUUUACCAAUAGCAUUGAUUUAUUAAACAAAAUAAAAAAAUAAAUUUU